AUGAUAGAGCUAGACGAGUUUGACAAAAUUGUUAUAGAUUUACCAAAAAAGAAAGAUAUAAUAAAUAGUUCUUUGAGAGUUGGAUGCUGUCCGGAAGGAUGGAAAACUUCGAUGAUAGUGCCGAUACCAAAAAUACAUAAAGCGAAAAAAGCAAGUGAAUACAGAUCUAUUAAUAUAUUACCAGUAUUUAAGAAAGUGUUAGAAUUAGUAGUAAAAGAACAGCUUGAAAUGUAUUUGGAAAGUAAUGCUAUUAUUACAGAGCAUCAGUCGGCGUUCAAAAAACAGUAUUCGUGCGAAACAGCGAUUCAAACUGUCAUAUACGAAUGGAAACUAGUAGUAAGUGAGGAACAAAUGGUGGGGGUAAUUUUCAUGGACCUUAAAAGAGCGUUCAAGACAAUAGAUAGAGAAAGAUUGUAA